CGCUUCCAAAAAUCGCCUCCUCACGUUUCCGGUUCGGAUUCCCCUCGCGUCACACGCUCCCCUUCCCCUCCCGCACGCUCCCCCUCUCCCUCGCCCGCUCCCAUGGCGUCCCUCUUCAGGGCUCGCCGGCGGCGAUCGCCGGAGGACGAGGGAGACGACGGCGACGGAUCCGGAUCCGGGCGGGGCAAGCGCCGCCGCCUCUCGCCGGAGGAGGGCGCGCUGGUGCCGGCGGAGGCGGGGAGGAGCCCCGGGUGGCUCUCCACCAUCGUGACCGGGGCCAAGCGGGUCAUAUCCUCCGUGCUCUUCUCCUCGUCCGAGGAGCAGGCCUCCGGGGACGAGGAGGAGGAGGAGGAGGAGGACGGCUCCGAACAGGACUCCGAUGGAAAUGAAGAUACCCGCAAUACUCAUGGAACGAUAGUUCCUUACAGCGAGUCAAAGCUUGCCAUUGAGGAAAUGGUUAUGAAGGAAACAUUUUCAAGGGAUGAAUGUGAUAAGAUGGUAAAGCUAUUACAGUCACGUGUUGCAGAUUCAGCAUUUCCUGAAGCCUAUGAGCAUGGGACACCAAAAGAAACCCCAAGCAGGAAUGGUCAUGAUUUUACUGGAGCUUGGCGUUCCUUGAAUCGCAAUAGAAAUGGCCCUGGGUCAGGUCCAUUUUUUAGUACCGGACCUGGUAACUUUUCUCCUGGCCCUCCUCUCCAAGCAUCACCUGAGCUAUGUAGUGCAGCAGUUAUGGAAGCAAAGAAAUGGUUGGAAGAGAAAAGGCAGGGAUUCGGCUCAAAGCCUGAAGAUCAUGGACCAUGCACAUUGAACACUGAUGUGCUUAAUGCUGACCUCAAAUCCGACAAGGGUUCUCCUGUCGAUUUAGCAAGAUCAUACAUGCAGUCAUUGCCACCAUGGCAGUCCCCUUUAUUAGGCAGUCGGAGAUUUAAAUCACCACCAUCCGGUGGAGUACAUAUUAAUGAUGAAGAAGGAUCCAAAUACUUCUCAUCAUCAAAGGUCGACACCAAGGAAGACUUCAUUUCCAGUUCCAACUUCUGGGAAAACUUCGAUUUGCAAAGAGAUCACAUUAGAUUUUCUGAAACUGCAGAAGCUUCUAAGUCGAGGCACCAUGGUACUACUUCCAGAUUGUUUGAUAAUGGUGUCUCUAUACUCUCACCGGGUACUCGUGAUGAAGUUGGACAGCCUGUACAGGGUUAUCAAGGUUCUGAUAAAGUUGCUGCAGCAGCACCAGCCAAUGAGUGCUCCUUACCUAUUUCACCAACUAAAGAUGGAAACCAUGGUGCUGUUGAUUCUGUGGACCCUGCACCGAAGGACAGUGGCAAUCUUGUCCAAGAAUGCCAUGCUGCAUCUGUUCAUCCUGAUGAGGUACCACAGGGGAAUGCAGAUGAGGUACCACAUGGGAAGCCUGUGCCUCUCACAAGUGCUACGGAAGAGGCUGCUGACCAGAGUGGAGAUAAAUCUGUGCCCGCAGAACCAGAAAUUCACGAAGAAUUGCAUAUGAACUCAACUUCAGCUACUACUAUUCACGCUUAUGAUGGCUUUGCUGAUUAUGGGACUGUUCCAGAAUCAAGAGCAAAGGUUGCAGCCCCCCAGAUCCGGAUGAGUUUGCGUUCCCUAAAGAAAAAGGUCCACACGAGUUUAAAUGGGCCUACCAAGAAAACCUCUGCCAACGGUCUUCUGGAUCGAUCAGACGGCAACUCAGGGAUAGAAUCCUCGGGCAAUGAUAAUCCCAGCUGCACUAACUCGAGCAGUGCUGUGCCUCCCAACAAUAAAGAGUUCAUCAACUCUGCAGCUGAUGCUUCAGCUGAUAACUCCGUCGAUAACGGCGCGAGAACGGUUUCAGAGAAACCGGCAGAUGGUAAGUCUGUCGAAAACGACGCUGGGAAGGAUUCAGUUGAACCAGUAAAGGAAGACCCUAAACCAACUUACGUCAGACGUGGCCGGAAAAGGGCUGCUCGGAGGGCAUCAUGAAGAGGAGUCUAGGAGCAAAGCGUUUGUUAUACCAGGUCGCAGUGCACUAAUAUUAACGGCCCCAAGAAGAGGGGCGCUAUGAUAUCUAGGUUUAACUAGAGCUAGUAUUCAUUUGAUGGGAUAUCUCAGGUAACACAUCAUGUACCCACGCCCGUAUCAAUGUUGUAUCACUGUAGGCUAGAUGUGAUUACUAGGUUCAGUAGCUGCUCUCAUUCAGUCUCAUCUAGAUGUGAUCUGUAUUAUUAUUAUUAUUGUUAUUUGGGUAGUUUGUGAAAGACGGAAGAACAACUUCUUCAUCACUGCUAUUUGAUUGUAUUGUAUUGUACCAUUGAUUGACAGUGCAUGUUAUGCUUGCAUUUACCACACAAGCAUUGCCACUAUCCAUAUCA